AUGUUCGAAUGCAGCACCUGUGACGAAGAAUUCUGGUGGCAGGAAGACUGCGAUGAGCACAUGGAUGACUAUGGUCACUGGAUUGAGUGUGAAACAUGCAAUCGAACCUUCCGCACCAAGACCGCUUGCAAUCAGCAUAUGAACGCCGUAGAUCACUGGGCACCGACCUUCGAAUGCGAAACUUGCACUAGCACCUUCUAUUCUCAACACGCCGCCAACAACCAUAUGAACGCGAAGGGCCACUGGCUCCCGAAAGUUCCGUGUGAGAUGUGCACGACCAAAUUCCACACACAGCAGGCUGCAGAGAAUCACAUGAGGGCCAAGGGACACUACAAGAACUACUGCCAAGAAUGCAAGCGUAAAUUUACAAACGAGAACUGCUUGCGCCAGCACCUGAAUUCCAAGACCCAUCGUGGAACCAACAUUGCGUGUCCGUUCUGCCGAACUGGCUUUGUCACUGCUAGUGGUGUCUCCCAUCAUCUUGAGAGUGGAUCUUGCCCUCGCGCUAAAGCCUUGAACCGCGACCGCAUCCACCAAAUUAUUCAACAACUUGAUCCAAAUGGCGUUGUCUGCAAAAAGCAGAUCGGGUGGCACGAUGAACAGAAUUCGACCUACUUGGUCACCGACAGUGCCUGGAACGGUGACUCCUGGGUGUGUUACUUGUGCAAAAGGGGGUUCAACUUGCGGAAAGCGCUGGAAUCGCAUGUCAACUCGCCUGUGCACAAAGAGAAGGUGUAUCACUGCCUCAAGCGCGGCUGUCCAAAAGAGUUCCACUCCUUAGCGAGUCUGUUCAACCACCUGGAGAGUGAAACGUGUGGAUUCAUUCGGUUUGAGGGAGUUCAGCAGGUUCACCAACAGCUACACGAUGCUAUCAGGGGCCGCCGUAUGAUUACUAAUUUCUAG